GGAAAUCUUUUUUGUUCUGUCUCUCUCAUACUUUCCUUCGCUUUCCCGGGAGCCAAACAGCUUUUUACAAUGUCGCCGGCGAUGGGUAAAUGCAAUAAGAUCCGAAGAAUUGUUCGGAUCCGUCAGAUGCUGAAGCAGUGGCGGAGGAAGGCGCACGUCGAGUCCGCCGGAGUCACCACCGAUCCCACCUUCUCAUCCGCCGUGGCGCCGUCGGAUGUGCCGCCGGGACACGUUGCUGUCUGCGUCGGAGCGAGCCGCCGGAGAUACGUCGUGCGAUUGACGCAUCUGAACCAUCCGAUCUUCCGGCGGCUGCUCAUGGAGGCGGAGGAGGAGUACGGGUUCUCUCAGGUCGGCCCGCUAGCAAUCCCCUGCGACGAGUCUCUGUUCGAAGAAAUUGUCCGAGUUGUGACUCAGUCCGAGUCCGCCGGGCGAUGUGAGCUAACGACGCUAGAGGAUCUCCGGAGGUGCUCCCACUUCGGGAUGACGAAGACCAUCGAUUAUUUCGGCGAUUCGCGGCCGUUGCUUCCUGGGAUUGCGGACAAAUCCGUGUGCUGAGGCUGACUCGGAGAACCCAACUCAGUCACCAAUCAUCAAAAGCUUUGAUUAGGAGGGAGAUUUUUUUUUAAUGGGUAUAAUUAGAGGGUUAACUCUCUCUUUUUUACCAGUUUCUUGCUAAUUAUUAUUAAAGUUUGACCAAUAGGAGAUGGCAAUUAGGGUUUCUACUCUUUUUUUGUAAUGCCGAGUCAUCCCGAGUUGAAUCGGAGGAUUUGUUUGGAGCACCUCUGUUCUUACGCCCUCUAUCAAUUGUAAAUUCAAUUUUCCUCGAUUCACUAAAUGCAAUAAAUGCCAAUGUGGUAUAUAUUCGAAAA